AUGGCUCUCACAGUCUGGUUCAUCUUCACCUGCGCUGUGGCUUUCAGCAAUGUCAGUCCCUCAUCCCAAGCUCUGAGCCGGUCAAUGAUGCCCUUCGGCCUAAUGCGACGCGAGCUGGCAUGUGAAGGCUACCCUAUCGAGCUGCGCUGCCCCGGGAGUGAUGUCAUCAUGAUCGAGACGGCCAACUAUGGACGCACGGACGACAAGAUCUGUGACGCCGACCCUUUCCAGAUGGAGAACACACAAUGCUACCUGCCUGAUGCCUUUAAGAUCAUGUCCCAGAGAUGUAACAACCGCACACAGUGUGUGGUGGUAGCGGGCUCGGACGUGUUCCCAGACCCUUGCCCUGGAACCUACAAGUAUUUGGAGAUCCAGUACGAGUGCGUCCCCUACAAAGUGGAUCAAAAAGUUUUUGUUUGUCCCGGGACGUUGCUGCGGGUCCAGGCGGCCAGCUCGCAACAGGAGGCGGAGCAUCAAGCAGGGGCGUGGUGCAAAGACCCUCUACAGUCCGGGGACCGCCUCUAUGUCAUGCCGUGGACCCCGUACCGCACUGAUGUUUUGUAUGAAUACGCAUCGUGGGAAGACUUCAAACAGACAAGAGCUACCACCACCUACAAGCUGCCCAACAGAGUGGAUGGCACUGGCUUUGUGGUAUACGAUGGAGCAGUGUUUUACAACAAAGAGAGGACGAGGAACAUCGUAAAGUACGAUCUACGGACGCGCAUCAAGAGCGGAGAAGCCAUCAUCACCAAUGCCAACUAUCACGACACAUCCCCGUACCGCUGGGGAGGGAAGUCUGACAUUGACCUGGCCGUGGACGAGAACGGCCUGUGGGUCAUCUACGCCACUGAGUCAAACAACGGCAGACUGGUGGUCAGCCAGGUCAAUCCUUACACCUUACGUUUUGAGGGCACCUGGGAGACAAGCUUUGACAAGAGAAUGGCGUCCAAUGCGUUCAUGGCGUGCGGAGUUCUUUACGCGGUGCGCUCUGUGUACCAGGACGACGACAGUGAGGCCGGUGGCGAUCUCAUUCUUUAUGCCUACAACACCAACCGUAACCGCGAGGAGCCAGUUAGCAUCCCCUUCCCAAACCCCUACCAGUACAUCUCCUCUGUGGACUACAACCCGCGAGACAACCAGCUCUAUGUGUGGAACAACUACAAUGUGCUGAGAUACCCCCUGGAGUUUGGACCCCCAGACCCCACCACGGGUCCACUGACUACCACCCAAGUCACCACAACUCUGCCCGCCAGGCCCUUCUCCUCCAGUGCCAGCCCCUCCACAGCCCGCCCCAUUGCUCCGACUUCUCGACCAAUCGGAUCCAUCAACAAGCACCCCGACUUGCGGCCAAUCACAGCCACCGUCCCGGUCACCCGCCGCCCCUCCCGUCCUCCGCAGGGGCCAGAAAUGUACCUCUGCGAGCCCAAGAUGGUGCGUGGUGUCCAGUGGCCUGCUACUGUGAGAGGGGAGACUGUGGAUCGGCCAUGCCCCAAAGGAUCUCUAGGCAUUGCUUCUUACCAAUGUUUGGCCGACCAAGUCAUCUGGAACCCACGAGGCCCUGACCUGAGCAACUGCACCUCUCCAUGGGUCAACCAGGUGUCCCAGAAGAUAAAAAGUGGUGAGAAUGCAGCCAACAUCGCAGGAGAGCUGGUGAACCACACACGGAGCAGGAUCCAGGCCGGAGACGUUAGCUCCACCGUGCGCCUCAUUGAGCAACUCCUGGACAUUUUAGAUGCUCAGCUCCAAGCCCUGAGACCUGGCAACAAAGACCUGGCAACACGCAACUACAACAAGCUCCAAAAGCGUGAGAGGACAUGCCGGGCUUACAUCCAGGCCGUGGUUCAGAUCGUAGAUAACCUUUUACGUCCUGAAGCGCUGGAGUCGUGGCAGGACAUGAACAGCACAGAGCAGGCUCACACUGCCACCAUGCUGCUGGACGUCCUGGAGAAAGGGGCCUUCCUUUUAGCCAACAACAUGUACGCUAACUACUUCACUGACCACGCCCCCAGCAUCGAUUUAGAAGUACAUGUUCUCAACACGGAGAUGGAGCUUCAGGACUUAUCUUUCCCUCAAAACUACGCCAGCGACAGCGCCAUCCAGCUCUCUGCUUCUACUAUUAAACAGUACAGUCGCAACGGGCAAGUGAAGGUGGUGUUUCUGCUCUAUAAAAACCUGGGAUCAUUCCUGUCGACGGAGAACGCCACGGUAAAAAUGGAAAUGGAGUCGAGCCAUGACCGGAGGCGGCUGGCGGUCAAUUCCCACGUGAUCGCGGCAUCCAUAAACAAGGAGUCCAGCAGAGUGUUCCUCACCGAGCCAGUGGUCUUCACAUUACGGCACUUGCAGAUGGACAACUACCACACCCCAAACUGCUCAUUCUGGAACUACUCGGAACGCUCCAUGACGGGACAGUGGUCGUCCCAAGGGUGCAGGCUGCUCAGCUCCAACAGCACCCACACCACCUGCUCCUGUAGCCACCUCACCAACUUCGCCGUGCUCAUGGCCAGCCACGAGCCAGACUACCAGGGCCGCAUGCAUGAGCUGAUUCUGUUCGUCAUCACCUGGGUGGGUAUAGUCAUCUCUCUGGUGUGCCUGGCCAUCUGCAUCUCCACCUUCUGCUUCCUGCGUGGACUCCAGACUGAUCGCAACACCAUCCACAAGAACCUGUGCAUCAACCUCUUCAUCGCAGAGCUGCUCUUCCUCAUCGGCAUUGACAAGACCGACUAUCAGAUCGCCUGUCCCAUCUUUGCCGGCCUGCUCCAUUUCUUCUUCUUGGCCGCCUUCUGCUGGAUGUGUCUGGAAGGAGUGCAGCUCUACCUCAUGCUUGUCGAAGUCUUUGAGAGCGAAUAUUCACGCAAAAAGUACUACUAUCUGUGCGGGUACUGCUUCCCCGCACUGGUGGUGGGCAUCUCCGCUGCAAUAGACUACCGGAGCUAUGGGACCAAGAAAGCAUGCUGGCUCCGAGUGGAUAACUACUUCAUCUGGAGCUUCAUUGGGCCCGUUUCAUUUGUUAUUAUGCUCAACCUAAUGUUCCUUAUGGUGACAUUACAUAAGAUGAUUCGUAACUCCUCAGCCCUUAAACCUGACUCUAGUCGUCUGGAUAACAUUAAAUCCUGGGCACUUGGGGCCAUCACCCUGCUCUUCCUCCUGGGGUUGACUUGGGCGUUUGGGCUCCUCUUCAUCAAUGAGAACACAGUGAUCAUGGCCUACCUCUUCACCACCUUCAAUGCUUUCCAGGGCAUGUUCAUCUUCAUCUUCCACUGUGCUCUGCAGAAGAAGGUCCAUAAGGAGUACAGUAAGUGUCUGCGUCACUCGUACUGCUGCAGUCGCACAUCCACCAGCAGCUCCCAUGGCUCGCUCAAGAACUCCGGCCUCCGCACCAACAACCGCUACUACAGCGGGAGCCAGGCCCGCCACGCAGCCGCACACAGACAGAGCCGGAUUCGUCGGAUGUGGAACGACACGGUGCGGAAGCAGUCGGAGUCUUCGUUCAUGGCGGGGGACAUCAACAGCACCCCGACGCUCAACCGCGCGACCAUGGGCAACCACCUCCUGACGAACCCCGUGCUGCAGACGCGCUCCGGUACUUCCCCGUACAACACACUGCUGGCCGAGAGCUUCACCCCUCCCUCCCCUGGCGUCUUCAACUCCACCGGAACCUUUCGCGACCCAAAGAGCACGCUGUCCAAAGGUCGCGACCCCUGUGGGAUGGAGACCCUGCCUCUCAAUGGUAACUUCAACAACAGCUACUCCCUGCGCACAGGGCCUGGUGCGGGGGGCAGCUGCGACUUCCUGAGCGCGGACAGGAACAGCCCUCCUUUGCUGAACCCUCGUGGGGCAGAGACUCUGGGGGGCGGAGCCAGGAGAAACCUGACGGACGCUGCGGCGUUUGAAAAGAUGAUUAUCUCCGAACUUGUGCACAACAACUUAAGAGGAGGAGGAGGAGUAGGAGGAGGAGGAGGAGGGGGAGAUCAGGGGGACAGGAUAUGUGCUAACAUCAAUCGCCCUCAUGCUGCGCUGGGCCGGGGUCCAGUGGAACAGUCUCUGAGCCUGGAUGAAGAUGAGGACUUCAUCAGAGAGGGGCACCAGCGCACCCCGCAGGACGUGGAGCUUCUGUACAAGGCUUUGGAGGAGCCACUGUUACUGCAGCAGGCCCAGUCUGUUCUGUACCAGAGCGAUGCAGAGGAGUCUGAGAGCUAUACGGCCGACCUCACUGAGAGCCUGGGGCACAGUGGGAACAGUGGACAGAGUGGGGCGGGACAGGGGGGCAGCAGGGGGGCAGACUCCCCUGCUCGUGACUCCCUGUACACCAGCAUCACUAACCUGCGAGACUCGCCCUACCCCGACAGCAGUCCUGAGCCUCUGGAGGUGGUGCCACGCUCCGCACAGCCCCCCGAGGAGCUCUACUACAGCUCGGGACGGCCCGCCCUGGGCUCUCGCGGGGCUCCAAUGCAGACCUUCUAUCAGGCAGCCCCUCGGAGGCCGAGCGGGGAUGGCCCCCCUGCUCUAGAGCCCCCCCACAGUGAGGGAGACGGACAGAUGCAGCUGGUCACGAGCCUGUGA